AUGGCAGCAAGGAAACCUUCAGGCGUGUUCGUUCUGCUCCUUGCAAACCUCUGGUGUGGAUUUGCCCUUUGCCUGCCCACAGCAAAGGUGUCGGACUACGACGUGGACGGCGGGCGGGACCGUGACAUCUUCGACAUCAAUGAAGAGGCAGGGCUGGAUCUGGCAGAGGGGGACAUUGUGCUCGACGAGAGGCAAACUCGUAAUUCCAUAAUAGGGGAAGAGUACAGGUGGCCGAAGACGAUCCCGUACUACAUGGAAGAUGACUUGGAGGUCAACGCUAAAGGAGUGAUUCUGAAGGCCUUCGAGCAGUACCGGCUCAAGACCUGCAUCGACUUCAAGCCCUGGAGCGGAGAGGCAAACUACAUCUCCAUCUUUAAAGGAGGCGGCUGUUUCUCCUCGGUGGGAAACCGGCGCGUUGGGAAGCAGCGCUUGUCAAUCGGCAGUAACUGUGACCGCAUCGCCACCAUCGAGCACGAGUUCCUCCACGCUCUGGGCUUCUGGCACGAGCAGUCCAGAGCGGACCGCGACGACUACGUCAACAUCAUGUGGGACCGCAUCUCCGCGGGUAAGGAGAAUAACUUUAAAAGCUACAACGACACCACCUCCAGCGCUCUGGGCGUGCCCUACGACUACGGCUCCAUGAUGCACUACAGCAAGAACGCCUUCCGCAACGGCAGCGAGCCCACCAUCGUCACCAAGAUCCCGGCCUUCGGCGCCGUGAUCGGCCAGCGCAUGGAGUUCAGCGACAGCGACCUGCUGAAGCUGCACCGCCUCUACAACUGCACCCAGGGCAGCACCUUCCUGGACUCCUGUGACUUUGAGCGUGAGAACAUUUGCGGGAUGAUCCAGGGACCGGACGACACGGCCGACUGGGUCAGGGUCUCCAGAGCCGACGGAGGGCCCAGCACCGACUACUCCAACAUGGGCAAAUGCACCGGCUCAGGGUAUUUCAUGCACUUCAACACCGGCACGGCGGCCGUGAAGGCCACCGCCGCGCUGGAGAGCCGGCUCCUUUACCCCAAACGAGGGUUCCAGUGUCUGCAGUUCUUCUACUACAACAGCGGCGGCCCGACCAACUCGCUGGACAUCUACGUCAGGGAAUACGACGCCGCGAACCCCGACGGGAAGCUGCGCAUCGUGAAGAGUCUCCAUGGCUUCCACGAGGAGCAGUGGCAGCUGCACCACGUGAGUCUAAACGUCAACACGAAAUUCCGCGUAGUUUUCCAGGGGACCAAAGGGGGUCCCGGAGCGGCGGCGGCGGGGGGCCUGUCGCUGGACGACAUCAACCUCUCCGAGACCGCCUGCCCGGAUUUUAUGUGGCGUGUGAACAACUUCAGUCGGGUGAUGGAAGAAGCCGCCGCCGACACGUCCAUCUUCAGCCCCCCGUUCCGCUCCGGGGAGGGCUACUCCUUCCAGAUGGAGCUGUACCCCGGCGGGAAGGCGGGGUACCCCGACGAGCUGUCGGCCUACGCCCACCUGACGGCCACCGAAGGGGACGCCGGGCAGAAAUGGCCGUGCCCCUGGAAACAGAUCACCAUGACGAUGAUGGACCAGCACCCACACAUCCAGAAGCGCAUGUCCAACCAGCGCAGCGUCACCACCGACCCCGACAUGAAGGCGGCAGGCUCGGACAGCUUCUUCUGGGACGACCCCCGCAAGGUCGGCGUCGAGGUCACGCAAGACGGGAACACGUUUUUCCGAGGGCCGGGCGCCGGCACCGCCGUGUAUCUCACCCGCCUCCGGGCCAAGAGCAGGGACUUCAUUAAGGGAGGAGACGCCAUCUUCCUCCUCACCAUGGAAGACGUGUCUCAUCUGACCGUCACUCAGCCUCUGCCCGCCACGACCCGGCCGCCCGGCACCACGACCCACGGACCCGGCACCACCGGGCCCUCCGGUGCCUGCCUCGAUGUGCAAUGUCUGAACGCCGGAGUCUGCGUGGUGGAUGAGGGGAAGGCCGCCUGCAGGUGCGAGGUGGGUGAUGACUGGUGGUACUACGGGAGCAGCUGCCAGUACAAGGGCUCCACCUCGGACAGCACCACCCUGGCCCUCGCCUCCUCGCUGUCCGUCCUGGGAGGGAUGCUGCUGGUGACGGGCCUCAGUGUCUACUGCCUCAAGAAGAAGUAUAAGAAACGCAGUCAUGACAUCAGCGUUGUCAUGGAGAACGUGAGCGCAACCAAGUAAACUUGGUGAACAGAAGAAAAAGGAAAAAAAAUGACUAAGUAAAAAAAACUCUUUUUGAUACAUUUCUGAAAAUAUCUUUGAAAGCAGGUUCUGGAUUUAAAGAUGCAAGGCGACCCCGUACUCGAGAUGAGAACGCCUCCUUCUGCUCAAUCAACGUAAACACACGAGAGCAAAAUAAUAAUA